AUGGAUGCUCCUUCGGCCCCCGGGGGCACCGAAGCAAACCCUCCCCCCACCUACUACAAGUUCAUCGGCAUGGGCCUCGCAGUUUCCAGCGGUAUCUUUAUUGGAUCAUCCUUUGUCUUGAAGAAGAAGGGUCUCCUCCGGAGUAGUGACGUCGCUGGUGAAGGCCAUGCCUACCUAAAGUCUAAACUCUGGUGGACAGGGAUGACCAUGAUGAUUGUGGGAGAAAUCCUAAAUUUUGUCGCGUACUCGUUUGCUCCGGCACUCUUGGUCACCCCUCUUGGAGCCCUCUCUGUCGUCGUCUGUGCGGUCUUGUCGUCUUGGUUACUGAAGGAAAAGCUGAACCUCCAUGGCAAGAUUGGAUGUGCGCUCUGUAUUGUAGGCGCGGUGAUCAUUGUCCUUCAUGCACCAGCCCAAGCUGCAGUCACCGACAUCGACGAAUUCAAGCAUUUUGUCAUUCAGCCAGGUAAGGAUGUUCGUGGAUUGGCUGUCGAUGGAUGCUUUCUGGUGUACAUGUCGCUGGUGAUUGUGAGUUGCUUGGUGAUUGUGUGGAAGGUGGCGCCCAAGUAUGGCAAGAAACACAUGCUGGUCUACAUCGUCGUCUGUUCACUCGUCGGAUCGCUCUCGGUAGUGGCAACUCAGGGACUCGGCGCAGCCAUUGUCCGCAACAUUACUACAGGAACCCCACAGUUCAACCAUUGGUUCAUCUAUGUGACCAUGAUCUUUGUGGUCUGUACCCUCGUCACCGAGAUCAACUACCUUAACAAGGCUCUCAACUUGUUCAACACAGCCAUGGUCACUCCCGUCUACUAUGUCAUCUUCACGAGUGCGACCUUGGUUGCGUCUGUGAUUCUCUUCCAGGGUUUCUCGGCCAGUGCGUCGUCGAUCAUGACGGUCGUCAUGGGAUUCCUUGUCAUCUGUGCGGGAGUCGUUCUCCUGCAGACGUCCAAGAGGCACGAUUCUGCUGCCGCGGCGGCGCUCAAGAAGUCUAAAUCUUCAUUGUCAUUGCACGAUGACGAGAGCCUGAUUGAGGCCGAGAAGGAUGAUGAGUUCGAGCCUGGUCCCUUGGGUCUUCGUGCGGUGCCGUUUGAUACUAUCCGCCAGAUGGUCCGUGCAAGCACCAUGCCUAAUACCCCCCACACCUUCCCCCACACCUUCCACCAAACCCCUGACACAGUCGUGCCCAUUGAAGGCGAGGAUGGUGAGCAUGCGGGAGUCUAUACCGGGAAGCCACCUCGGUCGAUUGGACGACAGCUUUUUACAAAGUUUGGUGGCGGUGGGCGUAAGGCGGAUGGGGAUGGCACAACUACUGCUUCAACUCCUUUGACUCCUCAACAGUUGCAGCAUUUUCCUGGACAGGAGACGGUGUCUCCCGUGCAGGGGGGUGUUAUUAUUCCGAUGACUCAGGUACCGCCACAGCGGGGACAGGUUGGAGAGAAGCAAGAGUUGUCGGAGGAGUAUGACGAAAAGAGGUACGAGGAUGAGCCAGCAAUACGCCACCAGCAGCAGUACCAGCAGGACGAUGAUCCAGCCGAGGACCAUUCUCCUCUCGACUCUAACUCCCUCACACUUCGCGACUAA